ACGCUGAAGAAUCUUAAAUCACUUGCGGAAGAAUAAUCUAGAUUGUUUCUCCAGGUGCAAUUCCCCUUUUUCUUCGCCAGAGAAAGGUUGAAAGGAAAAAGAUGAAGACACAAAUAUUUUUUGUGCCCUUCAGCAUUCUUAUCCUAUGCGUCCAUUGCGCACGAUGUGCAGGCGGUUACAAAGAAGCCAUCGAGAGUUGCAACGAAUAUGUAGAUAAACUCCUUAACAGCAUUGUAGUUGAUCAGGCGGAUACUCUAGAUCCAUACCAUAUAAACGACACAGUUAUUUCCUUCCAAAAGAAGAUCGUUUUUGUCGACUUCAAAGGAGAGGCGAAAUUGUCCGAAGGCUACAUUACUGGCAUCAGCAGUCUUCGACGAACAGAACCAUGUUCUCUGUCAUUUGAAAAGGGGCGUUACAUACUGAGUACUUCACUCAGAACUACGGCAUUGUUCUUCAAUUUUACUGGCUCAGUGAAAAUGAUGAACAUGGGACCAGAAAUAUUCGUGAGGGGUAACUCCUCCUCUGCGCAUGGAUCAAUGGCCUUCUCUUUAAAUGCUACAACCGGCAAAGAAGCAAUUUUAGAAGAAUUCAAACUUCAAUACGUGAAGGAUAUGCAAGUUUGGAUCGAUGGCUUACGUCUGCUGAAAUGGAUGAGUGAUCCCUUGAGAAACAGCGCGGCAAUUUUCUUUAAGCAUUCGGUGAAAAAGUUGGUCGAAGUAGUGAUAGGAAGCUCAAUAAAUGAUGAAAUGAUGAAGAAUCCAUUUUCCAUUGAAGAAUUUGAUAUAGAUGUGAAAGAAAUUACAGCAGUCACAGGAGAUACAGAAUUCACGACUCCGAAAGAUGACGAUACCGAUUUACCAAACAAAAAAAAUUACGUGGUAGAAGAUUCUGACAGCUAUAUUGACAGUGUACUUGAAAAUAGGUAUUUCGUAGAAAUAUCUUACGGCAAAUUGGAUCCUUAUAUCUUGGAUGACGACCGCAUAGAGAAUGCGUUCAUUCAAAGAAAGAAAAAUAGAGAUAAAUCCAUAGCUAAUAACUACCUGGAUCUUAAAAAAGGCAAAUUAGAAAACCUUUCACGGCUGAAACGCAUAACUGACUGCACGAAACCUCUCUUUAGAAGCAAAAACGUUACUUUUGAGUGUUACUUGGGUUUCGAUGAACUUCAGAUGAAAUACGACGCAACAUCUUACCUUGAAAAUCAAGUCUCUAAAUUCGAACUAAUAGCCUCCAUCGUGAACACGAGACUGAAAGUAAAAGUCACUUCGAGUUAUAAAGACAACGUCCCCAAUCUGCAAGAUUUUACAAUACUCAAUAACGGAAAAGUAACGGUUAAAAGUGCUCGUGUGAUAGCAGAUACAUAUCUUGCUUCCUCUGACUCACCGCCUCCGUACAACCAAGAUGCAAUUUUGGAGCAUUUUUAUACUUUGUUAUUGAAAAUUUUAAAUGGAAGGUUCAAAGAAGCUCUAAGUUACAGCAUUUAUAAAACUCCAAUUCAUUUUCUGAAUAUGUGAAAUUUGAAUUAAAAUCUCUAAGCACUGUAACAAAAAAAAAAAAAUAGAAAUAAAGUAUAUUGUUAACCCUGUA